AUGUGGCUGCGGAUGCAGCCAAGGGGUGCUAUACCCCAGCGAAGCCGCAGCAGCCAUCCGCCGGUGCGUUUGAGCAGCUUCAGCUUUGCCAUUGUGGCAGUCUGGCUCGCGUUGGAUGGACACGUGUUUGUGGGCAAUCCUCGCUGCCAGCGGGAUGAGCGCAAGCUGGUGGCCUCCUCUGCGGCGCCAUCUGGGUACAUUCCUGGCGUGGGUUCUUUGUCUGAUGAGACUCGAACUGUGUCACUACAGCCCGGGAGUUUGGGAAUGGAAGUUGACCCGGAGAGUGGCCUGGUGAAGCAGGUCUUUGAGGAUGGUGCAGCGGAGAGGGCUGGCGUUCAAGCAGGUUGGAUCUUCCAGACGGUUUCUGGCAAGCCCUACGAGCUGCUCACUCUGAAGGCACUGCUUCGCGGCGAGGAGCCCUUUGAGGCCACCUUCGGAGUUCUCAGGCCGAACCCAGUCGCAGUUCUCGACACGAGUCUUGGGGUUAUCGAGGCCGAGAUCUUCUUGGACCGGGUGCCAAGGACGGCCUCGAACUUCAUCGACCUUGCUCAGUCGGGAUUCUACGACGGCGUGCAUUUCCAUCGUGUGAUCCCAAACUUCAUGAUCCAGUUCGGCUGUCCCAAUGCCAAGGACCCAUCCAGUCCUUAUGCCGGCACAGGUGGCCCGUCCGAUGGGUCGUUCCAAAAUUUGGCCACUGGCAUCACCGAAAAGCGCUUCAGGGGUGGCAACAUUAAGGACGAGUUCCUUUCUGAAGACAGCAAUGUCAAGGGCACUUUGUCCAUGGCCAACACGGGCCAGCCGGAUUCUGGUGGUUCCCAAUUUUUCAUCAACGUAAGAGACAAUACGUUCCUGGAUUGGUUCUCGCGUGGUGAUGCUCGACACCCUGUCUUUGGUAAAGUCAUCAAGGGGUACGACGUCGCGGUGAAGAUCUCUAAGGUGUACACACAAAAUGAUAGACCGGUGGAGCCCGUCAUGAUGAAAUCUGUUAUCGUGACGACAUGA